AUCAGGCUUGGUGAGGAAUAAGGGGACUGUAGGACGUAGCUCCCGGAGCAAGGGGCAGGAUGUAGAAUUUAAGGUGUUGAUUGAUAGUUUGACAUACACAGGUCCGUCGGGCAAAUUAUAUAAAACCUUGCCAGGACCGUCCGAGUUUGUUAUUUUAAUACAUCCUUGCCUCCUCGUCCUCAAAGCUUAACACACGACCUCACCCCAUCCUCAGAUUCCAAACCUGUUCCCAACAGAGGGCUUCCAAGAGUGACACCCCUUACCUACCCACAAAGCCAGUUCGGGCAUCUCCUGGUACACGCUCCGCCAGCAGGGUCGUUUUUCGAAAUGGAUACCACCGUCGACACCUCACCUCCGCGUCCUGUCCGCAAACUCGUUACAGUCCGCCAGAUCAGAGAGAAAGAGAGACUCAAGAACCAUCGCUAUGACGUUCUCCACAUCGAUGGCUGGACCGUGAUCGUGCCAGCAAAUGAGUACGAGGAAGGCCAACUGGUCGUCUACUUCGAAAUCGACUCCUUCCUCCCCGCCACCAACAGGCUCUUUGGGGAGUACAUGUUUAAUCGCAUGGAGGUGCAGGAUGGGAUAUAUGGGCACCGAGUCAGAUCCCGCACCGUUGAUAGAGCCAUCUCUCAAGGUGUCGUCUUCGCCCUCGACCGGGUGCCGGAGGUCAACGGCGUUCUCGAGGAUCUGACUAGAAAGCUCGGAAGGAAGGAAGCUUUAAAAAGUAUUUUCAACAUGUCCUUCGAGAAGGAACUCAGGGUGAAGAAGUGGGAGGUCGUCAUGGACGACAAUAACCCUGAGGCCAGCCUUGGGAGGCCACCCACCUUCUUCCCCCAACCCGGGUGCGAGAGGGCCCAAAACAUCAUUGGCCUCUUUUCACCAGGAGGCCGGUACUUGGAUCGAGUAUUCCAGGUUACCGAGAAGCUGGAUGGUGUCACCAUGUCAAUCUACACUGUCCGCUCGGGCUCCCGCUGGUACGACAGCCUCACAGCCCUUCCCGAGGGAUGUGGAAUGGCCAUGGAGCAAAAGCAUGGAAGGGUCGGUGUUUGCAGUCGGUCUCACGACUUCAUUGACAAUGGACGGAACCUGUACUGGGAGGUUGCCAAGAAGCUGGGCCUCCCCGAGAAGAUCAGCCAGAUCGGGGAUAAUGUAGUCGUCCAGGGGGAGCUCUGUGGCCCGUCGAUUCAGGGGAAUAGCCUGAGGCUUCCCGAGGGAGAACACGCCUUCAUUGUAUUCGGCAUCUGGGACAUCGAGAGGCAGCAGGAGAUGCGCCCCAAGAACGUCAUCGCAAUCUGCAACCGCCUGGGGAUCGCUCACGUCCCUGUCCUCGAAUACAGCACAGUUAGACAAUUUGCGCCGAGCAUGGAGGCGUUGAUAAAGAAGGCGGACGGCAUUGGCACCAACGGAACGGUCCGGGAAGGGUUCGUCUUCAAAUCCGCCAAUGGCAAGGAACAGUUCAAGGUCAUCUCCAACAAUUGGCUGAUCCUCACUGGAAAGUAGGGAGGAGAGGGGGAGUAGCUGCC